AUGACAUCACUAGCCACCGAAGCAUCCAGAGCCCAGGCUCUGAACACGCCAGAAUCACUCAUAGGAAAGCUCAAUAACUCAAAGGCUCCAGCAUUGAACCAGAAUGCAAAGCGAAAGAUCUCCCCCGCACUGUCGUUGUUCUCUGGUGGUGUCGCUGGAGGUGUCGAAGCCACGAUUACUUAUCCUUUCGAAUUCGCCAAAACUAGGGCGCAGUUGCAACCAACCCAUUCGAGAAAUCCCAUGGCUGUGAUUUCGCAUGUCAUCCGACAAGACGGAAUUGACGACGCCAAAUCCGGCUCGCGCAGAUACAACGGCGGGGCUCAUGCCUUGAGACUGAUGAUAAGCGAGCGCGGCAUCAGCGAAGUAUACAGAGGUUUAGCAUCAACAACGUUGAAACAGUCGGCGACAUCUGCCGUCCGCAUGGGCUACUACAACUUCAUCAGAGAGGUCUCACAACAGUACGACCUGCCGCAAAAUAGCACCAUGACCUUCGCCUCCGGAGCUUUAGCCGGCAUCAUCAACGUAUAUGCCACUCAGCCCUUUGAUUCUGUCAAAACGAAGGCGCAGUCUGCAAAAGGAACCAGUACUUCCGAAGCAUUCAAAAGCAUUGUGCAUGAGCGAGGAAUUCGGGGCCUGUGGAGUGGCAGUACGAUGAGACUUGGACGGCUAGUACUGAGCGGCGGCAUUGUUUUCACUGUGUAUGAGAAGGUUUGA